AUGCUUUCGGCAAAGAGCACCAGUGCUCCUGCCACGGCUCCUCCUGCGGAGGCACUGUUUGACGCGGAGGAUGAGGGAGAGCCACCCAUGCAUGACGAACACCCCGUGGCGACAAUCAUCAGGGGGCCAUUCACAGAGGUGGCAGAGCAGCAGUUGGCGGCCACAGUGGACCAGCUGCUGCUGGCAUAUGGAGUCUCUGAUGCAGCCGUGUGGGGCCCCAUACUGUCCCACCUCGCAGAGGAGGCUGUCGCCAAGCUGUCGCCAGGCCUGGCAGUUGCGCAUGGCAAUUUGGACCCCCGCUUUUAUAUCAAGGUGAAGAAGGUGGCGGGGGUGGGAACGCCUGGGGACAGCAGCAUUGUGAACGGCGUGGUGUGUCGCAAGAACAUUGCCCACAAGCGCAUGCGGCGGCGCAUCGAGAACGCCAAAAUCCUCCUCAUCGGCGGCAGUGUGGAGUUCAAUCGCACCCAGUCGCGGCUCGCCUCCCUCGAGUCCGUCACCAAGCAGCAGGAGGAGGAGAACCUGCAGGAUCAGGUGGACAAGCUGGUGGCGCUGCAGCCGGACAUUGUGCUGGUGGAGCGCAGCGUGGCGCGCACUGCGCAGGACCAGCUACUCGACCGGGGCAUCUCCCUCGCCCUCAACCUGAAGCGCUCCGUCCUCGACUUCCUCUCCCGCUGCACCGGCGCAGAGGUGGCGGCGUCUGUGGAUAGCGCAUCUGCAAAGAACGUGGCGACGUGCGAGGACAUCGCCUCAGGCGCAUCCGGCCAGGCGCUGGAGGCCAGCGCGAAGCUGCCGAGCGUGCCGGAAGGCUCCGGGGCCGGCGCCAAGGCGGAAGCUGCCGCGCAGCCGGAUGCGGCCAAAUCUGGCGCGGCGGCUGGCCUGGCCGUGCCGCCGGCGGUGCCGCGGGGCCCGUCGCUGGAUCGCACAUCGGUAAGCUACAAGGGGGAUGCGAGGAGCGGCGCGUCGGCGUUUGGGGCGUUGGACCGGGUGAGCGGGAGCUAUCCGGGGACAUCUUUGGGGCGGGUGUCGGGGAGGGAGCUGGGCACGCCCCAGAACAGCCUGAAGCUGUCCGAGUCGGGCAAGGGGAUGAUGGCGGCGCGCACGCUCAUGUUCUUCAAGGGCUGUCCUAACGCGCUCGGCUGCACCGUGCUGCUCAAGGGCGCCCCGCGCGAGGCCCUGGCCGCCGUCAAGAAGGUCAUGCAGUUUGCAGUGUACGCCGCAUACCGCAACCGCCUGGAGACGGCCUUCCUGGCAGAUCAGCUCGCAUCCGCCAUUUCCACCGCCGACGAGUCACACAGCUCCUCCAAGCUGGGGACGCCUGAAAAGGCGCCCAAAGGCAGCCGGCCGGCUUCCUCGACCGCCACUCCCCAGCAGAGCGCGCCAUCCUCCCCCACCAAGGCGGCCCUCGCAAACGGCGUGGCUCCCAAUCAAUCAUCCGUGUCGGUGUCACACCCCCACGGGGGUGUAUCCAUCGGCACGCCGGUGCAGCCGCCGGCCGAAGGGGCACGCAGUGAAUGCGCCUCAGAGGCCGAGCAGCAGAACAACUCUGGCAGCGCAUCGCUGAUGUCAUCGCUAAUGGCCAGCUCAGCGCCCAGCCGCACGCCGACAGCAGAGCCGCUCUUCUCGCGGGCAGUCUCCUCUGCGAUGCAGCCAAUGAACAGCGGCGACAUGAGUGUGGCCAGCAGUUUCCAGGAGGACUCUCUGCGUGAGAAUGACGCCGCCAGCAGCCAAGGUGUGGGCUGA